CUCCAGAAUGCAGAUCUUGCGGAGCUGGCGCCAGUAGGCGCCGUAGGGGGCGAACGCGAUGUCAGUGAAGUUGUAGCUGACGAUCUCGGCGGCGAGCAAGGCGGGGCGCUGCGCGAAAACGACGUCGUGCGUCUUCAUCACUUCUUUUGCGGCUUCUGCGGAGGUGAUGACCAGGUGGGGGACUUGGCCCAAUUGCAGGCCCAUCACGCCGCCGUACCUAUUUGCGAGGUCCCGGAGGCGGUGGUGGGGCAGGGAGCCGCCGGCGAGGUUGUGGAGGUUCCCGAUUAUGGGCAGCUUUGUGGGUCCCGGAGG